AUGGGUUUCCCUGAUACUCCUGUUGAACUACCUGAUGGCAGAUUGGUCUGCGAGGAUCAUGGUCUACAAAUCUGCCACCAAUGUUGUUGUGACUAUACCUUCCUGGACGACCAUUCUGAGCAGAGCUCAAGCAUCGAAGAGCCUUCUACAUGCAGCGAAGACGACAUAGACGAACUCCAACGAAUGGCUGAACCGGCUGCCCCUGUCCUGGAAGGUGCAACUGCCAGAUCCAACUUCAGUCCUCAAGCUUCCGCGUACUGUGAAGAAUGCGGACUUACCUGGAUGGUUGCAGUUCCUGAGUAUGCAGAUGAAGACAACGUGUUGGAAGACUGCNCCUGCCACAACUCACUUGGACGGGAUCGUGCCGAACAACGUACACUCUUUGUUUACGUUGACGUUGCAUGCCCUGGCAAUGGCUCCAUCAACGCCGUCGGAGGCAUAGGCAUCUACUUUGGGCCCUCUUCCUCCUACAACCUCUCCGCACUUCUCAACCGCAACAUCGUCCAGCCACCUACCAGCCAGCGAGCCGAGCUCACGGCCGCAACCCGCGCUCUCGAGAUCAUCCGACAGAAGUGCAUUCCCGCUCGUCGCGAACUGGUCAAGACAGUCAUCCUCUGUUCUUGCCAUACGGAGUGCUGGGCCAGGAACUUCCCCUUCCAAAUCGUUAUCGUCACCGAUUCCGCCUACCUCUUCGACUGCAUGACCUCGCACUUGAUGAUUUGGCGCUGGAAUCCCAAGACACAAGUCUACACCAACAAGAAGAGCGGCAAGGCUAUCACGAACUCGAAGUACAUCCGCAACGUUGUCAAGGNNGAGGUCGAGAUGCUGGCAGAGAGAGGUGUGCAGGUCUUGUGGAAGAAGGUGCCCAGAGCUCUGAACCAGGAAGCCGAUCGCCUUGCAAAGGCUGGCGCGAAGAUGUAG